AUGUUAACAAAGCCUGGAAAGAAGCUUGACUCCUCCGAGUCAAGUCAUCAUGUCUCGUCUUCCUUGGGAGCAAAGGAAUCAGCUAAUCAUACAACGAAUUCAAAUUAUCCACCGUUAGAUAUCGUUCAUCAAUCUUCACAGCCACGCAAAGAGAUGCAGAGGCCAAUGUUUGAUCCCAAGAAGAUGGACAAUCUUAUAAAACCAGAGCCAUCUGGCUUCAGCAGCAACCACCACCGUCCAAUCCCAAGCCCGAAAAUCCCAUCCUCACCUAGUUCCGAGCCACAACAACAGGUCAACACAUCAAACUCAUACACCAAACCAAACAACAUCCCAAGCCCUAAAAUCCCAUCCUCACCUGGGUCCGAGUCACAACAACAAUUCAACACAUCAAACUCAAACACCAAACCAAACAGUAACAGUAACAGCAACAUGAGCUCGAGAAGCAACAGCAUUGAGAGCACUUCCUCUAAUCCCUCUAAGCCACACACAGGUGGUGACAUUAGGUGGGACGCUGUGAAUACGCUAACCUCCAGAGGAGUCCAGCUCGGGAUCAGCGACUUCCGGCUUUUGAAACGGCUAGGUUAUGGAGACAUUGGUAGCGUUUAUCUAGUCGAGCUCAGAGGAUCCAACACCUAUUUCGCCAUGAAAGUUAUGGACAGAGCUUCCUUGGCUAGCAGGAACAAGCUCUUGCGAGCUCAAACGGAGAGAGAGAUCUUGUCUCUGCUUGAUCACCCUUUCUUGCCCACUUUAUACUCUCACUUCGAGACCGAGAAGUUCUAUUGUUUGGUCAUGGAGUUUUGCGGCGGCGGCAAUCUUUAUUCCUUGCGACAGAAGCAACCCAACAAAUGUUUCACCGAAGAAGCAUCCAGAUUCUUUGCUUCUGAAGUGUUAUUGGCAUUGGAGUACUUGCACAUGCUCGGAAUUGUGUACCGUGAUUUGAAGCCGGAGAAUGUUCUGGUCAGAGACGAUGGACACAUAAUGCUCUCCGAUUUCGAUUUAUCCCUCCGUUGCUCCGUUAGUCCAACACUCGUCAAGUCCUCCUCCGUCCAUGGCGGCGGUGGAGGCGGAAGCAGUCGGCCUGUCGGGCUCAUCGACGAAGAAUCGGCGGUUCAAGGUUGCACCCAGCCGUCCGCCUUCUUCCCGCGGAUCCUCCAGUCCGCGAAGAAGAAUCGAAAGGCCAAAUCGGAUUUCGGGCUCUUCGUCAACGGAUCCAUGCCGGAGCUCAUGGCGGAGCCAACAAACGUUAAGUCAAUGUCGUUCGUCGGUACACACGAGUAUUUAGCACCGGAGAUCAUCCGCGGAGAAGGACACGGAAGCGCCGUAGAUUGGUGGACGUUCGGGAUCUUCAUCUACGAGCUUCUCUACGGAUCGACGCCGUUUAAAGGACAAGGAAACCGCGCGACGCUCCACAACGUGAUCGGGCAAGCGCUGAGGUUCCCGGAGCUCCCUCACGUGAGCUCUGCGGCGAGGGAUCUCAUCAAGGGACUGUUGGUUAAGGAGCCGCAAAAACGGAUCGCUUACAAACGAGGCGCGACGGAGAUCAAGCAGCAUCCGUUCUUCGAAGGUGUGAAUUGGGCGCUGAUACGGAGCGCAACGCCGCCGCACGUACCGGAGCCGGUGGAUUUCUCGUGUUUCGCGAGUAAGGAUAAAGAGACUUUGGCGGCUGUUGACGGCGGGAAGAAGAGCAACAACGGUGCCGGAGGAUGUGGCAGUACCGGCGGUGGAGAUGGCAAAAAUAACGGCAGUAGUAAUGCUGGUUGCCAUGAUCCUGAUUACAUUGAUUUUGAAUACUUUUAG